GAUUAUUUUAUGUAAAGUAAUUGACCAUAAAAUAUCCUCAAUCUAAUAUUUUACUUUUUGCAUCGCGUUUUACAAGAUUGAACCGAAUCCCGGUGAGUAGGUGCUUUGAUCUCGGCGGAAUUCAAACGAGUAAGUACUUACAUUUUUACUUUUUUUUCUGACUGGCGGUUAUGGACGCUGUCGGUAAGCACGUACCUAGGUAUGGUUAUAGCAGAGAAAUAAAAAUGGUGUUACAGAAAAUUUUACUGUGAGAAGAUGUCCUGGCGUCCUAACUUUUUGCUAUAACCUACUGAGAUUCCAGAAAUAAGAAUUUCUAUUGUUAAGUGUUUUUAUGAAAAAAUAGACCGUUAGCUACUUAUAUCGUUUGGGUUACUACUCGGACAAAUAUGGAACUGCGGGGUUAAAAGUAUGAAUUAAACUAAAAACUCUGACGUGACUAAUUGAUACGAAAACACAGACACUGGUGACUUUCACUAAGCUUGACUCUCUUGCCAUUGUCAAAUCGAGUAUCUGUGAGACUAUGACAUAUGUCACAUAGCAUGUUGGGUGUGCUUGCAAGUUUCUAUGAUUUUCACAUGGCACAUUUUUAUUCAAAUUGUAAUUAUCGUGUCUUUUUGGACUGUAACAUACUCAUAUACUCCAGACUGGAAUGAAGUAGAAAAAUUGGCAGAAAUCCAUCCAUAUGUAGUAGCAGUGCUAGAUUCUAGAAAUGAAUACAUUUGUACGGGAUUUUCUAUAACAGAUCGAACAGUGGUUACUGCCGGUAGUUGCUUGGCUAUACCCCCAGUCGCCGUCGCGAUAUCAGCAGUGUUGGGCGAUGACAUCGUUGGUAAAAACAUAUUACGAGUUUCACACACAAAGCUGCACAAGGCUUUCUCCUGCUACGUAAGUCAAACACAACCAAGCGAGACCAUAAUGAACAGUAACGUUGCCUUGAUUUACGUCGUGAACAAUAAAUUGGACUAUUUCACCAAUGCAGCUGUAAUCGGAGAUAUCGACCCAUUACAAUUACGAAAGCAGACGCUGGCUGUCAUCGGUUUCGGUGAGAUCGAUGCUGGCACAGUCGUGCUGCAGCGACAAGUAUAUAUACAAAAGACGUGCGUGAAUCCUCAGUGGUUUUACUGUGUAUGCGGAGUGGAAUCAAGUGAAACCACAUACGAAAGUCAAUUUGGAGAAGGCGGUCCUGUUGUAAUGGGUAGUAAAGUAGUAGCUAUAGCCGGAGCACCAUGCGGCGCACUGUUUAUCCCACACACGAGCGUAAAAUACAACAUUUUCACCGUCGCAAUGGAAUAUCACUCUUGGAUAAGAAAUAAUCAGGACAACACCACUAAACCUGAACAAAAACUGAAACUUAUUAUGCGUAACAAUUGUAAUAGUAGUGCCGCCGUUGUCUUAUACAUUAUUACACUGUUGAUUGUUGAUCAUUUAAUAAACUAAUUAUCACGGA